AUGAGUAGCCGUUUAAAUGUUUUAUCCGUUGGUGCUAAUCCAAAUCUUUUAUACUAUUCAUGGAAAUUAAAUAACACUGGGAAAUUCAAAUUCCAUAUAUUCAAUGAUGAAUUGGAUUCUUCUUUACCAAUCACUUUAUCAAAUGAAGAAGGUUUCAAUACAUUCCAACCUGAUGUGAUAUAUUCAAGAUUUGAUCAAUUUUCUUUACAAACUAAAUUUGAUAUUAUAUUCCUUUCAUCAAAAUCUUUACAAGAUAUAUCAAAUUUAUCAACAAAUUUAUCACCAUUUUUAAAUUCAAAUACUAUAAUCAUUGUGGAAUCAACUGGGUUUGUUAAUUUAGAACCUUUUUUGAAAAAUUGUUUACCUUCAAAAUCUUCAGCUUCAAUUAUUUCCAUAUUAACAAAUUUAGAUAUUCGUAAAGUUGAUCAAAAUCAAUAUUUGAUAUUACCAAAUACUUCAGGUGAAAUUAUCUUGGGUGAAUCAAGUACAAAGCAACAAAAAUUUAAUUCAACAACUUUUAAAAAUUUAUCAAUUAUUGCUAAAAUUUUCCAAAGUUCAACAAAUGAAAAAAUUAUAUUAAAAAACACAUAUUUAGAAUUCCUAACAGAAGAAUGGAAAAUUGCAAUUCCACAAAUUUGUUUUAAUCCAUUAUUAAUCUUAUUUGAAGAAUCUCAACCUUCAGGUUUAUCAAAUCAAAUAUUAGCAAAACCUUUAUUAAGUGGAUUAGUUACUGAAUUAAUUACAGUUGCUAAAACUAUGGGUUGUAAAUUACCUCAUGGUUAUGAUAAUGAAUCAAAUUUCUUAAGAAAUUGGAUUGAUCAAUAUCCAAAUUCUACAUCAACUUCACAAAUUAAAUUUUUACAAAGCCCAAGAUUUUUUUAUGAUUUUUUCCAUAAGAAUAAUUUAGAUAUUGAUAUGUUAUUAUUACAACCAAUCUUGUUAGCAGAUGAUUAUGGUAUUAAGACACCAUAUUUAGAAUUUCUUUAUGCAACAAUUUGUCAAUUUGAUAAAUUUAAUAAUUCCAAAGAAGAAGAAUCAAUUUUUUUCAAUAGAUCUAUAUCAAAUUCCAAAAAUUUAGAAUUUGAAAAAUUAAUUAAAUCAAAUGAAUCAUUAUCUCAAAAAUUAAUAUCUAAAGAUGAUGAAUUAUCACAAUUAAAUUCAAAAUUAUUGAAAUUAUCACAAUCAAAUGAAAAAUUUAAUAAAGAUAAAGAUUUACAACAUUCAACAAUUUUAAGUCAAUUUGAUUCUUUAAAGCAACAACAUCAAGUUUUACAACAACAAUUACAACAACGUGAUUUAAAAUUCCAACAAUUGGAAAAUCAACAUAGAUCUUUACAACAACAACAACAAGUUCAACAGCAACAACAACAAAUUCAACAAAUCCCUCAACAAAUUCCUCCUCAAAUCCCACAACAAAUUCCACAAGAACAAAAUGAUAGAUCAAUUCAACCUCCUCAAGAAUCUCCAAUUCAACAAAGAAAUACUGAACAAUUUAAACAUAGUGUUGAAGGUACACCAGAUCUUAGAGAUUUAACAGAUGUUGCAUUAUUAAGUCAAUCUUUAGAAUCUCCAGUUAAAUAUAGACAAGCUCCACAAUCUCAAGUUCCUACAAUUCCUCAAGCUUCUGAAUCAGAUACAUUAAAUGGUGGUGUUAUUCAAGUUAAUGGAUCAACUAAUCAGUUGAGUAAUGGGAAUAAUAAUGGUGGAUUACAAUCUCCUCAAGUUGUACCACAAUUACAUUUAUCUGCAAAAGAAAUUGAAUUACAAAAAAAAGAACAAUUAUUACAAUCAAGAGAGUUAGAAUUAAAUAAAAAAUUACAAAAAUUAAAUAGAUAUCCUGGUGGUCCACAAGGUCCACAAGGUCCACCACAACAAAAUGGUCAUCAACAACAAUCUUCAAUUUAUUCUAAUAAUGGUCCAUCAAGACAUCCACAUCAACAUUCUCAACAUCAUCAUCAACAUCCUCAACAUCCUCAACAAGUUAUUCCUGGACCAAAUGGAUUACAACAAUUCCCACAAAAUCCUCAUUUAGUUAAUGGAUUACCAAAUAAUCAUAAUCAAGGACCUGUAGGUCCUCAAGGUUUAGGACCACAAGGUAUUCCAACAGGAUUAGGUCAACAACAUCAACAACAACAAUUACAAGGACCAGGUGGAAUAAUCCCACAACAACAACCUCAACCUCAACAACGUCGUGUUUCUACAAUGCCAGUAUUAGAUUCAAAUGAUAUGUUUAAUAAUCCUCAAUUUAAGAAAACUUCAAGAAAAAAUAGAAAAUCUUCAUUCCCAUUAGUUACACCUGGAAUUGAUAAUAAUUAUGGUGGUAUGCCAUUACAAACAAAUUUAGAUUCAAGAUUUAGAAAUCAAUAUCAACAACCAACCACACCAACUAAUGGACAUCAAAUUUAUAGACCAAAUCCAACAAAAGCAGUUACAUCACCAACUAUUCCAACAACUUCCCAAUUUCAACAACCUCAACCUCGACCACAAGCACCUCAACAAGUUCCACAAACUGAUCAAUUACAAACAAAUCCAUAUACUUCACAAUCAUUAUCAAAUUCAAAUUCUCAAAAUAAUUCAAAUUCAAAUAGUUCAAAUGAAUUAAAUAGUACAGGACAAUUUAAUAAUUUAUCUAUAUCAAAUGAAGAACCAAAACCAUUAGGUAUUGUUGGUAAUAAUCCACAAAAUAAUCAAAUAAAAGAAGAAAAAAAAAGAAAAAGGGAUUAUUUAGAAAAAAAUAAGAACUUUUUAGUAGUAGUAAUAUGUUUUAAUAUAAAAUUGAUCUGUAUAUUAUAA